AUGGACCAAGAUCCCGACCAUGAGCCGGCGAUCCGGAGUCUUGGCGGCCUGGAUGUCAUCGAUUCCAAUGGGGACCUCUACCUCUUUGUAGGAGAAGACGUUGAAGAAAAGCCCAAAAACUACUUUGUGUGCUCCAAAGCGCUCGCGAGAACCUCAACAGUCUUUCGAAAAAUGCUCUAUGGCGGCUUCGCUGAGUCACGACCACAUCAUAUGGAUGGUGCCCCGCGAGAUUGGACUGUGGAACUCCCCGAUGACCGGCAAGAGGCUUUGGAAAUGCUACUCAAUAUCUCGCAUGGGCGUUUUGAGAACGUUCCCGAACAACUGGAACUCACACGUCUCUAUCAGUUUCUUGUGGUCACUGAGAAAUAUGACGCGACUAGCAUCACGCGGCCAUGGGCCCGCGGAUGGAUGGAGGCAGUCAAGACGAGUAUGCAGAAUCCGCUGCUUCUGGGUGUUGCCUAUGAACUCGGAGACGCCCAAAUGUUCAAUAACAUGGCGAUGAAGAUUGCUACUGAGUGUUUAGUUGACGAAGAUGGAGACUUGGUGUUCGGUUAUAGCGGAGCGAACCGUGAAACUUACUCAUACAAGCUUUGCAACAUCGAAUAUCUUUUCCCAUCUGGCUUUGUCGAUGAUGCUACAACAAUACGCAAGACUCUCCUCACCACUAUGCUGGAACCCUACGCCAGCCUCUACAUGACGCUCAAACACGGAGACCGAUGCAUGUCAUCGCCGCAAGAUCCCACAGGUGGCAAACGGUGUGACAGCAUUCUACUAGGGUCUCUCAUCCGGUCCUUCGCAGCGCAGACAAUCGAUCUCACAGCCCCGGAUCCCGUCGCAGCAUACCGCGGGAGCGCCUCGGCGCUUCAGUCAGUUCUGCUCAAGCUCGAGCUGUUCACGGUUCACUCGGGCUUCUCGCAUCCGUCGUCUACAUCAUUCAGCUUCGGGCAGACGACACAUCCGCGGUUCGGCUUCACUUUGAGCGCUUGCGAGCAUGUCUUGCAGUCCGGGCUGCGGGAGGGUGUGGAAAGGUCGUUGAUGCUCAGGGGGGAUAUGAGCUUUAUCCAGCCAAAGCACAAGGAAUACUUGCAAAAGCAGGCGCAAAAGACGGGUCUUUCUAAGCAGCAUUAA